GUAGUACUGCUAACCACCUGCAGGUGAGCUUCAAGGAAAAAGAAACAAUGGCGACGCACGGUGUCUUUCGACCGGGUUUGUUCAACCAUAAAGUUGCAAUUGUGACCGGUGGAGCGACUGGCAUUGGAAAAGCAAUAUCCGCUGAGCUUAUAGAACUUGGUUGUAGUGUGGUGAUUUCCAGCAGAAAAGCAGAGAGAUUGGAGGCAGCCGCCCAAGUGAUGCGAAAAAAAAUUCCAGCUUCCAGCCCUGCAUGUGUCACUCCUCUACGUUGCAACAUUCGUAAUGAGGAUGAGGUGAAGGUUCUUGUAUCUUCAGUGCUGAAGCAGUAUGGUCACAUAGACUUUCUGGUGAACAACGGUGGCGGUCAGUUCAGUAGUCCAGCAGAGAACAUGUCUUCUAAAGGAUGGAAAGCUGUGAUUGACACAAACUUGACUGGCACCUUUCACUGUUGCAAGGAGGUAUACACUACAUGGAUGAAGCAACAUGGAGGUGUGAUCGUUAACAUUAUUGCUGACAUGUGGAAAGGAUUUCCGGGCAUGGCCCACACAGGUGCAGCCAGAGCAGCGGUGGAUAACUUAACAAAGAGCUUGGCCAUUGAGUGGGCUGCCUCAGGUGUCCGGGUCAAUGCUGUUGCCCCGGGCACAAUUUUCUCUAAAACGGCAAUGGAGAACUACAAGGAGCUGGGACCAACUCUUUUCAAGAUGUCUAUUCCAUUUAGUCCUGCAAAGAGACUUGGGUUGCCAGAAGAGAUAUCCUCUGCAGUUUGUUUCCUGCUCUCUCCUGCCGCCUCCUACAUCUCUGGAGCCACACUGAGGGUGGAUGCAGGGCAGAGUCUGUACCACUCCACGUGGGAGAUCCCCAAUCAUAGUGCAUGGCCCGAAGGUCCAAAGGGGGAGAACUUGGAUGCAUUGAAGAACCUCCUCAAUCCUCAAAGCAAGCUAUGAUUAAUUUGUCCCACAAUGAUACCAUCAAAAACACAAAUGCUUUAUGCUGAUUGAUUUAAACAAGACACGGAUACUUUGUCAUAGUAAUCUACCGGAAUGUGAAUAACUAAUUAUCUGUUAUCAUUACUAUGAUAAUGAUGUGCAUGUUAUACAUUAUUAAUACAUCGUGCCCGAAAUUCUCCUAUGGCAAAGGUGAUUAAACAUUUUCUCACCA